AUUAUAACCUACAAUUAUGCGAAAAUUGAAAAGUGAUUAUGAUAUAAUUCAUAAUAAAUAUUUAUCCAAUUUAGAAGAAAAUAGUUGAAACUACAAUAUUAAUUAGAAAAAUGACUUUUACACAUACACAACGUGUAAGAAUUUUGUAUAAAACUAUACUGAAACUGCACAGAGGCUUGCCAAAUGAACUUCAAGUUAUUGGCACGAAUUACACUAGAGACGAAUUUAAAAGACACAAGGGAUGCAAUGAGAAGGAAGGCGAGGUUUUUAUGAACGAAUGGACGAACUAUGCCAUAACUUUGGCUCAACAAAUGGGCUUGAGAGGACCAAAAACAGGCGCAGAAAAGCUAGGUAUACCUUUAACCAAGGAAGAGAUAGAAAAAUUGAGGGAUGACCAGGUUUGUCAAUUAUAUGAGCUAAAGGAAGAGUCAUCAAAACCUAAAAUUAUUGAAAAUGAAAAAAAGUAAUAAAAGUUUGGUUGUAAUUAAUUGUGAUAUAUUUUCAGUGUGCUUACAAGUAAUUAGGUAAAAUUAUGUAUUUAUUUUAAUAGCAAUUUAAGUUAUUAGCAAAUAUAUUAUAUUAAACAUGAUUAUUAUUAUUUUUUUUUGUGUCAUUGGCAUCAACUGCUAUGGUUAUUAGCCUCGUGUUCUGUGUAGGCUUUGUUACUGUUUCCCAGCGCCACUUUAGGAACAGCACUGUUAAUUAGACCCCAACAGUGAAUAUUAUUAUUAUUAAAAAAAUUAAAAUAUUACCCCAACUUAGUUGUUAAGUCAAUAAAAUCUGAAUCAUUGUAAUGUUGUAUUAUUUUUGGCAAUAAAAUAAAUAUAGCCACGUGAGUACAGAUAUUUCUUAGAUGAUUGCCAUUAAAUAUUAGUUUUUUUACUUCUAUCUUCUUUUACAAAAAUGACAAUUAUUCUUUAGUAUAUUAAUGUACCAUUUUUUACUUUCCUGUCUGUUUACGCGGUUACGCGGAGGUCAGUGCGUUGUCUGUAUAUAUUCAUAUAUAAAUUAACAUCCGCGCAAACGCCAUCCAUGCUUUGUUCACCUAAAAAAUGUUUACAAUCCAUAAGCAUUUUGUCAGAACUGUAGAGAUUUUAAAAACGUCCUUUACCUAAACGCGGAGGUCAGUGCGUUGUCUGUAUAUAUUCAUAUAUAAAUUAACAUCCGCGCAACCGCCAUCCAUGCUAUUUACAAUCCAUAAGCAUUUUGUCACAACUGUAGAUGCUUUAAAAACGUUCUUUUACCUAAACGACAGUUUAAAAAAUAUAAAUUUCUUUUAAUUAUUUGACUUACUUGAUUAGUUCCGUACUGUCCUCCAGAGACUAAACCUUUUCUGACCCAAUAAUGCCAUGCAGCACCGGGAAAGCCGCCGUUACAACCCAUACCGCACGUCCAACAACAGGACACCAAAUCAUCAGAUGAUACGUGGAAAUGAACUUUUCCAUUUGAAUGGAUACAUAUUCUGUCUGACAUGGCUUCUACUGCUCCAAAUGCCUGUUUAAACAAAAUAUUAAAAAAUUUU